GGAAUGAUUUCCUCACUGGGCAGGCGUGAAGACGGAAGCGUGGCAGGUCGGUCCACAUGAUGCUCCAGAGACCGUGUUCCUAGCAAUCACCGAGGCCGUGCCCAGAGCGCAGCGCAACCAGACAACUCCAGACCACCACCAGCCAACACGAACGACACCAUCCACACCUGAUCCUCAACCCACCAGCACCACGCGCCAUGGCUUCUGAAGCGCCCAACCCGAUGGACGCCCCGGCCCCAGCCCACGCACAGGAUGCACCCGAUGCAGGCGAUGCGACCAUGAAGCCCGUCAAGCGGUCGUGGAGACGCAAGUACCGCAAGAUGCGCAUCAAGUUCGACGAGGCCAUGACGGACAGCGACAACCUCAUCAAGCAGGAAUGGAAGGCCAUGGGCACGGCGCGCCGUCUACAGGAGAACAACGACCAGAUCCUCGACAUCCUCCUUGAGCUCAAUGAACAGACACGCGUCAACCCGCGCCUGCGCUACGACCUGCGCCACCUCUCCCAGGCCGACACCGCCGUGGAUUCUCUCGAAGUCGGCCCUGGGCCGGAAUUCGUCAAGCAGCAGCUGCAGGCGCUGAGGGAUGACGUUGCCGCCAACAGAAUCACCCCGGAAGAGUACGCGACCAAAGCAGACCAGUUACACACUUCGCAGGCCAUACAGCAGACGCUCAAGUCGCUCGCCAGUCUCCAAAGCAAAGUCCCCCACACGACGCGCGCCGACCUGCCAGACCACCCCAUUGAGGGCAUCGACCUCAGCGAACAUGCGCCAGGCUACAUGUCCCCUGCGCACGAAGACGAGUACCUCCUCGCGACCGACCAACUCCUCGAGCAACCUGGCUUCGACCAGACCCUCCAACAAGGCCGUCCCGUCCGUCUCGCCUCCGCUCAACCCCCGCUCAGCGAAAAGGACCUUACUGUGCGCAACCCCGACAGCGUCUACAACUGGCUACGCAAGCACCAGCCACAGGUCUUCCUGCAAGACAAGGACGCCGCGCAUCACGAGAAUCUCUCGGAAAAGUCUGCCGCACCAAAGACCACCAAGGCCAACGCAGCCAAAGUGAAACGGGAGUCCAACAUCGGAGGAGGCACACCCGGUCCCCGCGACCACGACGACGAAGAUUCCGCCGCCCCCGAGACCGGCAAAGGCCGACGGAAGACGGGCGGUGGCGGCGACGACGACACAGCCUACCGACCCAAGGGCGGCAGUUCUCGACCCGCAAAGCGCAAGCGGGAAGAGGGCGAUACGCCCGUGGGCAAGGGAAGCAGGAAGAAGAAUCGCGCCAGUACCGGACAACCUGCUUGACCUACCUCCCAAUAGGCCGCGCAGUAGAUCAACCUUGUUACCUCCACAACGCCGCCCUAAAUGCAAGAUGCUCCUGUUGCAUAAGCUAUGAAAACAGGAUCGCCUCAUCUGCAAUAUACAUUUGCUGCAUAGAAGAUUAUACGACAGGGGUGCUCUGCAGUAUUAUGAUUCCUCAUGGCGACGCUCGGACGUUGCCUUGCCCUCGGUAUAAAGACCACGACUAUAAAUGUGUUCUCUCCCCGUCGCGCAUCAAGGCAACAGGA